AUGGAGAUCCAAGCAAUCUUCCUCCUCUUCGUCGCCAGUGUAUUCGCUGGCGGCUCCGGCUGGGAAUGCUAUAAGAGAUCUGAGAAAUUCAGAAACGACCAUGCCGAGCUGCCCGAAGGCACGGAUCCGAACUACAUUUUCAGCUAUUGCCCAGAGACGAACGGAUGUUGCGCCGAUGGCAAAACAUGGUACCCUUGCAACAGUACAUGUAUACCGGGACAUCCCUGUGUCGGCCUUGAUAACACUGCUUUUUGCUAA